AUGUCUUCAGCCAACGCACCCUUGCCGGCAAUCAGCGCAACGGCAGCGUUUCAUGAUGCGACUAUUCCGGACACCAGCGAAUCACCAAAUCACGAAAAUGACCACUAUCAUCGUAAAUCAGGGGAACAACAGCCACUGUUGAGAAAUGAUGCGCCUAAGGAAGAGGACUGGGUGGCGCCUCGCCAUUUCACCUGGAUCGAGGCCGCAAUCAUGUUCAACGUCUUCCUGUACGGCUUCGAUGGCACUAUCACUGCCGCCACAUAUGGUGUCAUCAGCUCCGAGUUCGAUGCGACCAACACGGCUUCCUGGCUGACGACUUCGUAUUUGGUUACAAGUACUGCAUUUCAGCCUCUGUACGGAAGGGUCUCAGACAUCUUCGGCCGCCGAAUUUGUUUCUUCAUCUCUACCAUUACUUUUGCACUUGGUUGCUUCGGAUGUGGCGUCGCUAAUGACAUCGUCUUUCUGAACUGCAUGAGAGCUCUUGCUGGGUUUGGUGGUGGAGGGCUCAUGACGAUGGCAACCAUUGUUAACUCGGAUAUGAUCCCUUUCCGCAAACGCGGCAUGUAUCAAGCUCUACAGAACGGAAUGUUUGGCUUCGGCGCCAUCUGCGGUGCCAGUUUAGGUGGCUCCAUUGCCGACAGCAUCGGCUGGCGAUGGUGCUUCCUCCUCCAGGUCCCCAUUUCAGCUGUGGCAUUAUUCCUCGGGUACCUAGUUAUAAAGGAUCCACAUCAGGCCGAAUACCACGGCGCCACUUUCAAGGAAACUUGGAACAAGGUUGAUUUCUCGGGUGCGUUGCUCUUGGUGGUAGCCAUCUCCGUUCAACUAAUUGGACUGAGCUUGGGCGGGAAUGAGCUGCCAUGGGGAAGCCCCUGGGUCAUUGGUUCUCUGGUUGGGAGCACUAUUCUUCUUGUCUUAUUCAUCUGGGUGGAAGCGAGGACCACUGCUAUUCCGGUGAUCCCACUACGCAUGCUGAAAGGCCGUCUGCAUGUGCUGACACAGUUGGCCAAUGUCUGCGUUGGACUUUCCGCAUACGCGUACCUCUUUAUGCUUCCACUUUUCUUUCAAGUGGUUCUGCUGGACUCGGCGACGACAGCAGGAGCUCGACUUGUGAUUCCAUCGCUGGCAACACCUAUCGGCGGUCUGAUUGCAGGAGUCGUUAUGUCACGCUGGGGCAAACUGAUCGGCCUAGUCCGCACUGGUGCCGUCCUGAUGGCUUUUGGCAAUGCAUUGGUGACCUCUUUGGAAUUUGAGGAUUCGAGAUGGAAAUAUUUCACAUUCAUCUUCCCAGCGAAUCUGGGUCAAGGUAUUGUAUAUCCCGGCAUUCUUUUCACGUCUCUGGCAAGCUUUGAACACGCAGACCACGCUGUGUGUGCGUCAACCGUGUAUCUAAUUAGAUCUCUUGGUACUGUCUGGGGCGUGUCAAUCACUUCUGCAAUAGUCCAAACCACGCUCAGCGUUCGACUCCCGGAUGCCCUAAGCGAUGUCCCGCAUAAAUGGAAGGUCAUCGACGCUAUUCGUCACUCAGUAGAUGCCCUGCGGCAUCUACCGCCCGAUGUGCAGCGCAAGGCCCAGCUAGUCUACUACGAUGGCCUGCGGUAUUCGUUCGCCGCGUCGACAGGCUUUGCCGUAAUCGCCAUCUUUGCGGCGUUCUUCGCUAACCCGAAAGGCCUGCGUAAGACUACAAGCUGA